AUGGGCGUCUCCAAGAAGGAGACCAUCAAUCCCAGACGGGGCGGCAGCCGCGGCGCUCAGAAGAGCGCGGCGCGCACCUCUGGCGCCGCCUCUGACGGUCCUUCGGCGUCGAAGAAGGCCAAGAGGAGCAUGAAGAGCGGGAAAAAUCCCUGGGAGGGUAUCCCCAACUGCCUGGCCGGCAAAAGUUUCCACUUCUGUGGCACAGGCAUGAAGCUGACGCUCUCGCUUCUCGCCCUGACUGCCGUUAACCACGGCGGCGCGUUGGAACUCAAGCUGGAGAACGCCGACUUUGUCAUUAUUGGCAAGAUUGGCAAUAACCAGCAAAAGACGAUUACCGAGAACGCUCUCGUUACUCUGACCGAGGCCGAGUUCAAGGAAUGGAUCGAGACCGGCGACGCGCCUACUUAA